ACUGGAAUGACCUUACGGCAAUUUGAAGUUCGGUGACCUUCACAUUGCUUCAUCAUGAGCGAGCGAUACAGUUUCUCCCUAACUACAUUCAGUCCAUCUGGAAAGCUUGUACAAAUAGAAUAUGCAUUGAAAGCAGUUGAAUCUGGAGCUCCAUCUGUCGGUAUACGUGCCGCUAAUGGGGUUGUGCUUGCUGCAGUAAAGAAGUUCACUUCGAAACUUAUGGAUGAGUCCACAGUUUCAAAAAUUGAACAAGUCACAGACAGAAUAGGAAUAGUUUAUAGUGGUCUGUCGCCGGAUUAUCGUGUGCUGGUUAAACAGGCCCGAAAGUCUUCACAGGCAUAUCAGCUGGCGUAUGGUGAACCUAUAUCUCCGGAACAGCUAGUUAUCCGGAUAGCUGCUUUGAUGCAAGAAUAUACACAGUCUGGUGGUGUUCGCCCAUUCGGUGUUUCUUUAUUAGUUGCAGGAUGGGAUCAAGAUCUGCAUCGACCAUUUCUCUAUCAAUGUGAUCCUUCUGGUACAUAUUUUCCAUGGAAAGCUACUGCAUUGGGACAGAAUUCACAAAAUGGCAAAUCUUUCUUAGAAAAGAGAUAUAAUGAAAAUUUAGAAUUGGAAGAUGCUACACAUGCAGCUAUUCUAACAUUGAAAGAAAGUUUCGAAGGUCAAAUGACUGAGAAUAAUAUUGAAGUCGGUGUAUGCAAUGAAAAUGGUUUUCGAAUUUUAACAUCGGAUGAAGUGAAAGAUUAUUUAGCUGCUAUACCAUAACAGUUAGUAUAUUAUCUCAAAUAAAAAAAUCAAUUAACCAACUUCAGUUUUUGUACUAAUAAUCAGUCUUCUUUUUUUUGACAACAAUACACAUUGUUUGAGU